AUGUUAUUUGAGCAGGGUCAGCAGGCCCUGGAGCUUCCUGAGUACAAGAUGCAGAAGGCGGCUUACUAUGAAAACCCAGGACUCUUCGGAGGCUAUGGCUACAGCAAAGCUGCUGACACUUAUGGCUACAGUGCCCCCCAUCAGCCUUAUCCUCCCCCUGCUGCUGCCAACUCCCUGGACACUGAUUACCGGGGCUCUGCCUGCUCCAUCCAGAGCUCUGCACCUCUGCGAGCCCCAGCCCACAAGGGGGCUGAACUCAAUGGAAGCUGCAUGAGGCCUGGUACUGGGAACAGCCAGGGUGGGGGGGGUGGCAGCCAGCCUCCUGGUCUGAACUCAGAGCAGCAGCCACCACAACCCCCUCCUCCACCACCAGCCCUGCCCCCUUCCUCACCCACCAACCCUGGAGGUGGAGUACCUGCCAAGAAGGCCAAGGGUGGGCCCAAUGCUUCUGGCUCCUCAGCCACCAUCAGCAAGCAGAUCUUUCCCUGGAUGAAAGAGUCCCGACAGAACUCCAAGCAGAAGAGCAGCUGUGCCACUGCAGGAGAGAGCUGCGAGGACAAGAGCCCGCCGGGCCCAGCGUCCAAGCGGGUGCGCACGGCGUACACAAGUGCACAGCUGGUGGAGCUGGAGAAGGAAUUCCACUUCAACCGCUACUUGUGCCGGCCACGCCGCGUGGAGAUGGCCAACCUGCUGAACCUCACCGAGCGGCAGAUCAAGAUCUGGUUCCAGAACCGGCGCAUGAAGUACAAGAAGGACCAGAAGGCCAAAGGCAUCCUGCACUCGCCGGCCGGUCAGUCCCCGGAGCGCAGCCCGCCGCUCGGCGGUGCCGCGGGCCACGUGGCCUACUCAGGCCAGCUGCCACCCGUGCCCGGCCUGGCCUACGACGCGCCCUCGCCGCCCGCCUUCGCCAAAUCUCAGCCCAACAUGUACGGCCUGGCCGCCUACACGGCGCCGCUCAGCAGCUGCCUGCCGCAGCAGAAGCGCUACGCGGCGCCCGAGUUCGAGCCCCACCCCAUGGCGAGCAACGGCGGCGGCUUUGCCAGCGCCAACCUGCAGGGCAGCCCGGUGUACGUGGGCGGCAACUUCGUCGACUCCAUGGCGCCCGCGUCCGGGCCCGUCUUCAACCUGGGCCACCUCUCGCACCCAUCUUCAGCCAGCGUGGACUACAGUUGCGCCGCGCAGAUUCCCGGCAACCACCACCACGGACCGUGUGACCCUCAUCCCACCUACACAGAUCUCUCGGCCCACCACUCGUCUCAGGGACGCCUGCCCGAGGCCCCCAAACUGACGCAUCUGUAGCGGCCGCCACCGGCCCGA